CCCCCACCCCCUUGAAAAUAUGGCCCCCAGUACAGUUUACCUCAAUAGCCCUGAUGUAGGCGUUUAAAUGCCACACUGGAAAUAUAAAGAGUCUAUUAUGCGUUAAAUUUGAAGUCAAAAGGUGGCGAAGAAAGAAGUCCAGUGUUUUGUGCCAUUUUCCCCCCACCCACCCAUCAGAACAAAGGGGUCCAAUGUGGGACCAAACUACAAGUGUAUUAUCUUUAAAGAACAAUUUCAAUUGCCUGUUCUUGUCGUGCGCUACUGUUUGACAACAACGCAAUUAAUUUUACAACAUGGCUAGUGCACCAAAUUAAUAUUUAAUGUCUCUUUUCUCCUUCAUCAUAGCAAAGCGUGGAAUCGGGGGGCGGGGGGUGUCAUUUGAAAGAGGCAGGUGCACUGGCUCACAAUGGCCGUCCCCUCAUUAGUCGUGCACUGCUUUUGAGGCGCGCAUAAAUAAUGAUAGUAAAAGCCAAGAUAAGAGAAGAAAUGGGCACUUUUGUUUAGGGGUGCUCGUCCUCCUCCGCCUUUCUCUUUCUCUCGCCCCAUCCUUUUCUCCGUUUGAGGCCAACUUCUUUGUAUGCAGCAGCCUAAUAAGAAGCAGACAACAUUUUGAGGAGGGAGGCAGAAAAGGGGGUGACAUCAAUCUGGAUCUGCUGUCUGUGCCCAUUUGGAGUGCAGCACUUUGCAGAGUGCACUGAGACGCGGUUGCAGCCUGGCAUAAGACCUUUACUGCAAAUAGCAGUCAGGAUUUUGGUGUUUGUGGGUGGUUGCAAGUCUCCACUGGGACAGAGAGAAUGGCAUCCCCAGGGUGGACGCUCCUGGUUCUGGCGGUGGCCGCCUGCUCGCCUUUCGCGGCGGGACGGAGAAUGAAGCAGCCCCGGUGCCCCUCUGGAUGUACCUGCACCAAAGAUAACGCCCUGUGUGAAAACGUCCGCUCUGUGCCUCACCAUUUCCCCUCAGACGUGCUGUCACUGUCUUUUGUCAAGUCUGGAUUCAGUGAAAUCACGGGAGGAAGCUUUGCGCAUACACCCGCCUUGCAACUACUAUUGUUCACGGCUAAUUCCUUUGACUUGAUCGACGAAGACGCAUUCGUAGGUCUGCCACAUCUUGAAUAUCUGUUUAUUGAGAAUAACAAGAUUGCAUCAAUCUCUCCCAAUGCAUUCCGGGGCCUCAAAACAUUGAUUCAUGUGAGUCUGGCUUACAACAAUCUUGAGACGCUGCCUAAAGAUGUGUUCAAGGGUAUGGAUGCUUUGACUAAAGUGGAUCUGAGAGGCAACAGCCUGAUAUGCGACUGCAAGCUGAAGUGGCUGGUGGAGUGGAUGCACCACACCAACGCCACACUGGACCAGAUCUACUGCAGCGGGCCGCCCAGUCACCAGGGCAAGAAGAUCAACGACCUGCUACCGCACUCCUUCGACUGCAUCUCGUCAGAGUUUGCCUCCUAUCAGUCGCUGAAGUUCGAGUCCAUUUCCGUGGAGUCGUUCACCUUUGGCAACGACCAGUUUGUUGUGUUUGCGCAACCCUUUGCCGGCACGUGCAGCUUCAUGGAAUGGGAUCACGUUGAGAUGAACUUCAGGAGCUUUGACACCAUCGAAAGCACUUCCACUGUGGUCUGCAAGCCCAUGGUGAUCGACCGCCACCUUUUUGUCAUCGUGGCGCAGCUCUUUGGCGGCUCCCACAUUUACAAACGCGACAUCUCCGCCAACAAAUUCAUCAAGAUCCAGGACAUUGACAUCCUGAAAAUCCGCAAACCCAACGACAUCGAAACCUUCACGAUUGACGGGGAGUCAUUCUUUGUCAUUGCAGACAGCUCCAAGGCCGGAUCAACAACCGUGUACAAAUGGAACGGCAAUGGAUUCUACUCCCAUCAGUCUCUCCACCCGUGGUACCGGGACACGGAUGUGGAAUACCUGGAGAUCUCCAGCAAACCUCACUUGAUCUUGUCCAGCAGCUCCCAGAGGCCUGUAGUUUAUCAGUGGAACAGGGUCCUGAAACAGUUUGACCGCAGGACCGACCUACCUGAGAUGGAGGAUGUGUUCUCCAUUAAACACUUCCAGGUCAAAGGAGAUCUGUUUAUAUGCUUGACAAGAUUCAUCGGGGACUCCAAGGUGAUGCGUUGGGACGGCGCCAUGUUCAAGGAGGUCCAGACGUUCCCAUCCCGCGGAUCUAUGGUCUUCCAGCCCGUCUCCAUCGGCAACUGGCAGUACGCCAUCCUGGGCAGCGAUUACUCACUGACGCAGGUGUACCAGUGGGACGCCAAGAGGGGCCACUUUGUGCCGUCUCAGGAGCUGAGCAUCCAGGCGCCGAGGGGAUUUUCUCAGGUGUCAGUGGACGGUCGAGAGUUCCUGAUUGCCUCCAGCUUUAAGGGCAAGUCGCAGAUAUACGAGCAUCUCAUGAUCGAUCUUAGCAAUUAAAUCUGAACUCAAAUGCCUACUAGGUCGUACAAUCCUGAUUUCGAUUAACAUCAGAGUUUGGACCACAUAAACAUUCUUAUGUUUUCGUUUUGGUGAACCACCCACCAAAAACACAGUGAGAAGAAGAAGAAAAUUAAAAAAAUCUAUAGCCUCAUCGUCACUUGUUUUCAAAUGUUCGGUAGACUUGGUUUGUCAUUUUGCUGUGGUUAACUUGUUUUUACACUUGCGUGACAAGAGUGCUAAAGAGCGAGAUUUCAAAUCAUCUUACGUCUUCGUUAUAAAAGCAGAUUGUUUUGUUUUCACGUCUCGGUCUUAACAGGAGUUAACUUCAUUCUAAAUUUGUAUGAUAGCUCAGAACUUUACUCUGAACCUUAAUACGAAUCUUGUUUCCAUAUGAGUUGGGAAAUUCUGUUAGAUGUAAAUAUAAACGGAAUACAAUGAUUUGCAAAUCAUUUUCAACCCAUAUUCAAUUGAAUGCACUACAAAGACAGGAUAUUUGAUGUUCAAACUCAUAAAUUAUUAUUUUUCUUGCAAAUAAUAAUCAACUUAAUAUUUCAUGGCUGCAACACGUGCCAAAGUAGUUGGGAAAGGGCAUGUUCACCACUGUAUUACAUCACCUUUUCUUUUAACAACACUCAAUAAACGUUUGGGAAUUGAGGAAACUAAUUGUUGAAGCUUUGAAAGUGGAAUUAUUUCCCAUUCUUGUUUUAUGUAGAGCUUCAGUCGUUCAACAGACUGGGGUCUCAGCUGUCGUAUUUUACGCUUCAUAAUGCGCCACACAUUUUCGAUGGGAGACAGGUCUAGACUGCAGGCGGGCCAGGAAAGUACUCGCACUCUUUUUUUACGAAGCCACGCUGUUGUAACACGUGCUGAAUGUGGCUUGGCAUUGUCUUGCUGAAAUAAGCAGGGGCGUCCAUGAAAAAGACGGCGCUUAGAUGGCAGCAUAUGUUGUUUCACUACUUGUAUGUACCUUUCAGCAUUAAUGGUGCCUUCACAGAUGUGUAAGUUACCCAUGCCUUUGGCACUAAUGCACCCCCAUACCAUCACAGAUGCUGGCUUUUGAACUUUGCGUCGAUAACAGUCUGGAUGGUUCGCUUCCCCUUUGGUCCGGAUGACACAAUGUCAAAUAUUUCCAAAAACAAUUUGAAAUGUGGAUUCGUCAGACCACAGAACACUUUUCCACUUUUCAUCAGUCCAUCUUAGAUGAUCUCGGGCCCAGAGAAGCCGGCGGCGCUUUUGGAUGUUGUUGAUAAAUGGCUUUGGCUUUGCAUAGUAGAGUUUUAACUUGCACUUACAGAUGUAGCGACAAACUGUAUUUAGUGACAGUGGUUUUUUGAAGUGUUCCUGAGCCCAUGUGGUGAUAUCCUUUAGAGAUUGAUGUCGGUUUUUGAUACAGUGCCGUCUGAGGGAUCGAAGGUCACGGUCAUGCCGCUUACGUGGAGUUCCAGAUUCUCUGAACCUUCUGAUGAUAUUAUGGACCAUAGAUGUUGAAAUCCCUAAAUUUUUUGCAAUUUAACCUUGAAAAAGGUUGUUCUUAAACUGUUUGACUAUUUGCUCACGCAAUUGUGGACAAAGGGGUGUACCUUGCUCCAUCCUUUCUUGUGAAAUUUUUUGGGAAGCUGUUUUUAUACCCAAUCAUGGCACCCACCUGUUCCCAAUUAGCCUGCACACCUGUGGGAUGUUACAAAUAAGUGGUUGAUGAACAUUCCUCAACUUUAUCAGUAUUUAUUGCCACCUUAUUUGCAAAAAAGAAAUGUUUAUCAGUUUGAACAUCAAAUAUGUUGUCCGUGUAGCAUAUUCAACUGAAUAUGAGUUGAAAAUGAUUUGCAAAUCAUUGUAAUUUGUUUAUAUUUGCAUCUAACACAAUUUCCCAACUCAUAUGGAAACGGGUUUUGUAAGCGCAACAGUUUGACCCUGGAACUGACUAUUUUCUGAUGUCUUCAUAUUCAAAGGGAAUAUCUUAAGUGGAGCAACUUUCAGGACUCUAGGCCAGUGUUUGUGACUGAAUAAGUGAGAAUAAUAUUCAUUUAACAGAGGAAGCAAGCAAAGUGGUCCGUAGUGAAAAUCCCGUUGACUGUGUCUACUGCAAGACCACGGAAUGAAGAUAGACGGUCCUAAAAUCUACUUGUACUCUGCGGUUACGCAAGACUCCAUGCAUGAUGCAGACGCUCACAAUGUUGCUCUUCGGAUGAAUGACUCGCUAGAAGCAUCCCACUGUGUCGCUAUCCCACCUCGUUCCCUUUUCACUUGCCCUUUUUUCGCCCUCAUGGACAAAAAGCAUUGUUGGAAUGACACAGUGCUGCACCUGUACCUGUGCUCGCACCUCUUUCAACUAAACCUUACUGACAACAAGUUGCCAAAUACAAUGUUUACUGUUAUUUUUCUACUAUACUGUAUAUAGUUAUUUAUAUGAUACAGCUUUUCUUGGUAGUUUUAUUUUGGAUAGGCUAGAAUGUUACGAUAGUAGCCUCAUUGUUACAUUUGUGCAGUUUUACUCUUAAAGUUAGAAAAUAAAUGUGGAAAUUGUCAUUAAAAACAGUAGAAAUGUCAGAUUUUUGUUAUUGCUAUUAAUGAUUUACCUAUAUAACAUGUAUUUUUUAUCCAUUUAAUGACUAAUAAAACAGAGUAUAGGAAA